AUGGAGUUUCUUGAAAGAACUUACCUUGUGAAUGACAAAGCCACCAAGAUGUAUGCCUGCACCCUAGACAGCGUGGAACUCCAGCAGAAACCCGUGAAUAAAGAUCAAUGUCCUGGAGAGAAGCCAGGGGAGCUGGAGGCAGGAGGCAUCUAUCACUGCCAUAGCAACUCCAAGGCCACAGAGAACAGGGCAAAUGAGGAAGUGCAAGCCAAGUGGAAACUCCGUGCUGCUUCGGCGAUAUGCUUUGUUUUCAUGGUUGCAGAGGUCGUGGGUGGGCACAUUGCUGGAAGUCUUGCCGUCAUCACAGAUGCUGCCCAUCUCUUAAUUGACCUAACCAGUUUCCUGCUCAGUCUCUUCUCCUUGUGGUUGUCAACAAAGCCCCCCUCCAAGCGGCUGACAUUUGGAUGGCAUCGAGCAGAGAUCCUUGGUGCCCUGCUGUCCAUCCUGUGCAUCUGGCUGGUGACUGGCGUGCUGGUGUACCUGGCGUGUGGACGCCUGCUCCACCCCGAUUACCAGAUUCAGGGGACUGUGAUGAUCAUCGUUUCUGGCUGUGCAGUGGUGGCCAAUGUUGUUUUAACUAUGGUUUUGCAUCAGAGGCGCCUUGGCCACAAUCACAAGGAAGUGCAAACCAAUGCCAGCGUCAGAGCAGCUUUUGUGCAUGCCCUUGGAGAUCUAUUUCAGAGCAUCAGUGCUAUCAGUGCACUUAUUAUCUACUUUAAGCCAGACUACAAAAUAGCUGACCCAAUCUGCACAUUUAUCUUUUCCAUCCUGGUUUUGGCUAGCACCAUCACGAUCCUAAAGGACUUCUCCAUCUUACUCAUGGAAGGUGUACCGAAGGGCCUGAAUUACAAUGGUGUAAAAGAGCUCAUCAUGGCCGUUGAUGGGGUUGUAUCUGUGCACAGCCUGCACAUCUGGUCUCUAACAAUGAACCAAGUGAUUCUCUCGGCUCACGUUGCUACAGCAGCCAGCUUGGACGGCCAGGUUGUUCGGAGAGAGAUUGCUAAAGCUCUCAGCAAAAGCUUUGCUGUGCACUCCCUCACCAUUCAGAUGGAAUCUCCCACCGACCAGGACCCUGACUGCAUUUUCUGUGAAGCCCCCCAGGACUAG